UCCAAGAGCAGUCAGUGCAGUUGCCUACACGAUUCAUCACCGCGCAAGAUGAACCUGCAUCUAGCUGUUUGUUUCCUCUGCGUCGCAGCGUUCUCCAGCGCCUUUGCUCAAAGUAGACGUCCAUCCAAUUGCUGCCUCAAAGUAUCGCAGAUCACAGUCCGUCUGGAUAAUAUCCGGGACUACAAAUGGCAGAACAAAGGACUGUGCCCAGUCAUGGCAGUCGUGUUUGACACUCGGAACGGAAACAAACUCUGCGCCGAUCCGAACAGGGACUGGACCAAAAGAGCCAUGAGAAAGGUCGAUAAGGAUAAGGAAAGAAAAGAGGCAGAGAAGAGUAUAAAGGACAGUGCUGCACUGUCAUCAGAUUCACCGGCAGAGGCGAACGGAGAGGGGGCAUCCCUGCCGACACCGACCAAGCUACCAGUGAACAGCAGGUGGCUUCAAGAGUCAGCCGCUUCUGCAGCACCAAAGAAGCAGCAUGAAGCAGACGCACCACGGGGCUCUAAGAAUCAAGGGAAGAGAAUCCCUAAAGCCAUGUUAAAGACUGUUCCAUAA